AUGUCAUUUAAACCCAAUUUGAAAACUAAUUAUGGUAAUGCCAAUCACAAUUUAGAAACGCAAACGAAAAUUAUUAAUUUUUUUAAUACAUAUAAGCAGUUAUUGGAUAGAUAUACUCGACAUGUCAUUAACAAAUUGCAUAAUACUACAUCUUCUAUAAAUAGUAAUACUAGUUGUAAUAGCAACAUUGGCAAUAAUAUCGUUGAAUUUAUGAAUUAUGAUUCACUUCAAGAUCAUCAAAUUAUAACAAAUGAGGGACCAAAUACUGUAUGUACUUUCAAAUCACCAAUAAUCAGUUCAUAUAAAAACUUAAAAUUAAAACCAUAUUCAUCAACAAGUAAUCCUAUAAACUCCACUUCUAAAUAUCCUUGUUUUAAUGACUUUUGUUUAAUAGCAAAUAAUUCACAGUACAAAUCAAAUGAUUUUACUAAAGGUUACUCCCAAACAUUAUCAUCUUUUCCUUUAUCCAAUUGUGAUUACUUUAAAACACAACAUUAUCCAUUCGUUAAUUCAAAUUCAAAACUAUCGAUUUCAGGAAUGAAUGAAAGAAUUUUUAAGAAAGUUCAAUCAUCAACAGCAUUAUCAUUAUUUUCUCCAUCAUCUGUUAUAUCUUUAUCGAAUAAAUUAUCUACGUCCCCAUCGACAACAUCGACAAAUGCAACAGCAACAUCAUCAAAUUCCUCAUCACCAUCUCUAUCAGUAGAUUCAAUGGAUAUAAAAACUAAUAUUCCUAAACAUUUAACCGUACAAAAAAUCUUAAAACGUUUAGCUAAAUUACCGAAUAAUUUAGGACCAUAUAUUUGUCGACUUUGUAAUCAAUAUUUUGAAAAUGCACUCAAAUUAGCUAAUCAUCGUUGUCCAUUAAUACUGCAUACUGAUUAUCGUUGUCCUGAAUGUGAUAAGGUAUUUAGUUGUCCAGCUAAUCUUGCUAGUCAUAGACGUUGGCAUAAACCAAAAUCUGAAAUCAAUUAUGAUCAAAUAACUAGAGAAAAUCAUUCAUCAUUUUCAAUAUCAAAUAAUUAUAAAUAUUUAACAGAAAAUAAAUAUUAUAAUCAUAAUUCUAAAAAACUAACUACCAAUUCAAAAUUAUUAAAUAAAAGUAUACAUUUAAACAAUAUAUCAAAGAAUAAAUUAAAUUCAAUGAUAUUUCAUCAUAACCAAAAAAAUCAAUAUAAUCAAUUAAUGAUUAAUUCUAAUUAUAUAAAAAAACCAACUUUUACUGUUCAAGCAAUACUUGAAAAUUCAUUUAACAAUGAUUAUAAAAUUCAUGAUAAUAUAAAUACAAAAACAAUAUUAAACUUUAAUAAAACAAACAUUAAUAUUGAAUCAUCAAAAUCAAUAAAUGGUAUUGAAUCAAAUUACAUCGAAAGUAAUUUAUCAACUAAUGAUAAUAAUGAUAAUACUAAUACUAAUAAUAAUAGUCAUACUACAAUCAUUAAUUCAACUAAUAUAUAUAAUAAUAAACAAGAAUUAAUGAAUCAACAAAUUUCAUUACAAUGUAAUUAUUGUAAUACUUUAUUAUCAACUCGUAAUGAAUUAGAAACUCAUAUGGUUGAACAUGUUUUUAAUAGAAUUAAGUCAAAAAUAGAAGGAAUUCAUUAA